AUGGCAGCCAUGCGAUCCAAUCCACUCGGACUCCCCCUCGAAUACUGCUCUCGAGAAUAUCGAAACCAGCUCGAAAAGAAAUCCGGUUCAUCACCACCAGGCCCUGCUCCUGCUACAACUACUCACGAUAAUCCCACUCCAUUAUGGACGCCAUCACACCCCGAGUCGACGCCCAUGUCCAAAUACCGACGACACAUCAACUUGAAGUUCUCCCAGAACCUGAAAACAUCCCACGACCUUCACCGAUGGACUGUCCAGAACCCUCACCAGUUCUGGAUCGACCUGUACGACCAUUGUGGCAUCAUCCCUCCUCUCCCCCAACAUACCCAACUGGCGUACAAUCCUCAUCUUCGACUGCGUGACAUCCCCACGUUCUUCCCGGGCCUGAGGAUCAAUUAUGCGGAGAAUGUCCUGGUGCCCAACACUAACGUGAAUCCUGAUGCUGUCGCGCUAAUCGGUCUGCGAGAGAACGCCCUGGACAGCCCGGAGAACAUCACUUGGACCCAGUUGACGGAGUUGGUCCGCAUCGCCAGAUCCGCGAUGAUUAGACAAGGCGUCAAGCAGAACGACGUUAUCGCCGCGCUCAUGGCCAAUUCCAUCUGGAUCAUCGUGCUCUUCUUGGCCUGUGCCUCGAUCGGAGCCAUCUUCACCUCCGUCUCUCCUGACAUGGGCGUUUCGGGGUGCGUCAGUCGCUUCUCCCAGGUAUCUCCCAAGCUGCUCUUCGCCGACGUCGACCUGGCCAGCCGAGGCGUCCGUCCCAGCAUGCUCGGAAAGGUCUUGCAGGUUCUACGCGCCCUUCCAGCUUCUGUAUCCAAACCAAGAGUCGUCUUCGUCCCGACCAGCCCGAAGCCCCAUCUCCGUCGGAACCUCGAAUAUAUCACCCCCCUAGGCAUCUCACUCCACGAAUUCCUCCGCCCAUCCCGGCCGAACGACGCACUCACAUACACUCGACUACCGACCGACCACCCGCUCGUGAUUGUGUAUUCGUCCGGAACCACAGGGGAGCCCAAAUGCAUUGUGUCCCCACACAUGUCGAUCCUGAACUACAAGAAGAUCGCACUCCUGCACAACUCAUUAGGUCCUCAUAGUACGGUGUUCCAGUAUUCAUCCACCUCCUGGAUCCUGUGGAACGUGAUGAAUGGUCACCUCUCCAUCGGGGCCACAAUCAUCUGCUACGAUGGCGGUGCGCUGUAUCCGGACCCAUCAAUUUUAUUGUCAAUCUGCGCCAAAUUCCGCGCGACGUACUGGGGCACGUCGCCCCGGUAUUUGCUCGAGCUCGAACAAUCAGGCAUUUCUCCGUCGUCAUUCGACCUCUCCGCCCUCACACUCGUGACGACCACCGGCGCCACACUCACCGGCGAGCAAUUCCAAUGGUUCUAUACGGCCUUCCCGCGAAGUGUUCACUUGUCCUCCGUCGCCGGCGGCACGGACAUUGCUUCGUCGUGGAUCGCGACCGACCCCGCCGGCCCCGUGUACGCGAACGAAAUGCAAAUGUGGGCACUGGGGCAUAAUUGUGACAUUUUGGAUUCGAACACAGGCCAAUCUAUAGCGUUGACCGGUCGGCCUGGCGAGCUUGUCUGCCGGGCACCGUUUCCGAGUAUGCCGAGCCGCUUCUGGGGGGAUGUAGGGCAUAAGAAAUACCACGAGGCCUAUUUCGAGAAGUUCGAAACUCACGAUCCCAAAACGGGCAAGGCGACAGGGUGGCUAGAUGUCUGGGCCCAACACGACUUCAUCGUCAUGAACCCAGUAACCAGGGGAGUCCAAAUCCUCGGUCGCUCCGAUGGCGUGCUUAAUCCCUCGGGCAUCCGCUUUGGAAGUUCGGAGAUUUACAAUAUCGUCGAGGGCCCGCACUUUAAUACCCGGCUAGCAGAUACAUUGUGUGUGGGCCGUCGGAGGAAACAUGAUAAAGAUGAGACCGUCUUCUUGUUCGUCAUCGUGGCGGCAGGACAGGAAGAUGGACUGACACGGGAGUUGGUGGAUGAGAUUAAAGAAGCGAUACGCCAGGGAUUGAGUCCGAGGCACGUGCCGAAGUUUAUAUGCGAAGUGAAAGAGAUUCCAUAUACCGUGAAUGGAAAGAAGGUGGAGAUUGCGGUGAAGAAAACUAUUUCGGGUGAAGAGGUGAGGGUCAGUAGUACUGUGAAGAAUCCGGAGUGUUUGAGGGAGUAUGAGAGGUUUAGGGAUUUGGAGAGGGAGCCAAGAUCACGAGGGAAGUUGUAG